AGGAGCCGCCUCCUCGGACACGUUAAAAGUUUGGGGCGGCUCCGGCUCCGGAGGCGGCAGAGCACGGCGGGUUGCUGUGGCAGCUCGGCGGGCGCUGAGCCCCCGGCCCCGGGCACCGCCCCACGCCGCCGCCGCGGGAAGAUGGCGAGCCGCCGUCUGCUGCUCCUUGUCGUGGGGCUCCUGAGCUAUCCUGGUGUGUCUGGAAUCUCCAUUGAAACAGAUAACAAAAAUGUAAAAGCAGAGGAGUUUAAAGAGGCUAUUCUUAGUUGCAAACACAAAUUUUCAAAAGGGAUGAGUUUAAGAAUAGAGUGGAAGAAAAUCCAACCUCAAGGAGUCUCAUUUGUCUACUACAAUAGUGAAUUUACAGGUGAUCUUCAAGGCCGAGCAGAGAUGCUGAAUACAGGAAUCCGAAUUAGGAACGUGACUAGAAGGGAUUCCGGGACCUACCGCUGUGAAGUCAGUGCCAAGAGUGAAGAGGGGCAACGCCUGGGAGAGGCUACUAUUACUCUCACAGUAUUGGUUGCUCCGACUACUCCAGUGUGUGAGGUACCCAGCUCCGCAAUGACAGGAACGGUCGUGCAGAUGAGUUGUAAGGAAACUGAGGGCUCCCCUCCAUCUGAGUACCAGUGGUACAAGAAUGGUGUUGCCUUGCUGGAGAAGACAGGAACAGGCAGUGCUAGAGCAGCAAACAUAACUUACACCAUGAAUAGAAAGUCUGGCACUCUGUUGUUUAAUACAGUUACAAAGAAUGACACUGGAGAGUAUUUCUGUGAAGCCUCCAAUGGGAUUGGAUUAUCUCAGAAAUGCUCAGUGAAGCGAAUGCAAGUUGAUGACCUCAAUGUAAGCGGUAUCAUUGUGGCUGUAGUAAUUGUGGCUCUGGUGAUGGUGCUGUGUGGCCUUGGAGUAUUCUAUGCCCAAAAAAAGGGCUACUUUGCAAAGGAAAGUUCUUCCCAAAAGAAGACGAACUAUCAAUCUACAAGUGAAAAGGAUUUCAAGCAUACCAAGUCCUUUGUCAUUUAGAAGAUUUCAGCCUCUGUGAGGGACAUCAAAUUACUACUUGUUAUACAAAAGUAUCAAUGUCCUGGUUUCAGCUGGGAUAAUUUUCUUCAUAGUAGCUGUGUUUUGGAUUUAAUAUGAGAAUAAAGUUGAUAACACACUGAUGUUUUAGUUGCUGCUGAGUAGUGCUUACUCCAAGUCAAGGAGUCCUCAGAUUCCCAUGGUCUUCCAGUGAGGAGGUGCAAAAGAAGCAGGGACAGAGCACAGCUGGGACAGCUGAUCUGAGUUGUCCAAAGGGAUAUGCAUAGAAUCACAGAAUCAUCAAAAUAAGCUGAGUUGGAAGGACCCAUCAGGAUCAUGAAGUCCAACUCCUGGCCCUGCACAGGACACCCCAAGAAUCACGUCAUGUGCCUGUCACAUUGUCCAAACACUUCUGGAACUCAAACAGGCUUGGUGCUUGGUGACUGCCUCCAUGCCAGAACAUCACACCAGUAUUUAAACUGGGGAAGUUGGCCAGGAGGAGCCAACUGCUGCUGGAGACAGGCUGGUCAUCAGGCAGAGAGUGGUGAGAAACUGUUGUGCAUCACUUGCCUUUCUUGGGCUUUACUCCUCUCUCUCCUUUUCACUACAAUUCAUAUUACUGUUGUUAUUAUUGUCAUUAGUAUUAUUAGUAUUUUAUUUUACUUUGUUUCAAUUAUUAAACUUUGUUCUCUCAACCCACCAGUUUUACCAAUUUUUUCCCUAGUUCACCCACUGGGCUGGGGUGGGGACAGUGAGCAAGCAGCCACAUGGGGCUGAGCUGCUGGCAGUUCUUUUUGGCACCCAACGUGUGACUUGAAAGGUUGAGAUAAAAGCAGAUCUGACUAGAGCAUGUUAGAACAAGUUUGUUACAAGCCUUCAUUGUAUUGGUUUAAUAGUUUGCUGGCCACCAUAUUGAUUAAUUUGCUCUAGGCCUGGGCUAAGGUUAUCACUGUGUUGUUCUGUGUUGUACUGGCUUGUGAAAUGAUAGAUUGGCUGGUCAUGAGCCUGCCUGGUGUGUGUCCCCACUGUCCUUUGGGAGCCAUCUGGUGGAAACUAUCCACAGUUACAUCUACUGCCUUUUACCCUCAGAGAGCCAGCCCACGCCAAAAACACCUUCCUUCCCCUCCAGGAUGAUUACAAUAGCAUUUGAGAAUUUUAAAGACUUUGCAUAUCCUGUGACUACCCUUGAAACCAACGUGGUCCUUUUGGUAACAAUCAGUAUGUUGUUGCAUAUGGUUCAGGCCUUCUUUAGGGUUAAGAAAAGAUCUGUGGAAACCAAAACCCCACCAACAUGUACUGUACCUACACAAACUUCAGUAACAGGCCAACCAGAGGCAACCACUCAAUCCUUAUUCCUGAGUAAGCUGAAGGAUAUACACAAAUAUUUCAGCUGUUGUCCUGAUGAGCAUACUACCACCUAGCUGUUCCAAUGCUGGGAUAAUGGGACUAACAGAUUUGAAUUAAAGGGUAGGAAUCACUUUGUAAGAAAACAAGCAUUGACAAGGUGAUUGCAAGCGAGACACAAGUCCCCAGCUUCUGGAAGUGAGUCCUGUCAAGCCUGAAGGAAAGAUAUCCUUACAAGAAUGAUACUACAUGUCACCAUGCAAGUGGAAAGACAUCCAAUACUUGAGGGAAUUGGCCAUGCUAGAGAUUUAUUUUGACCUGGACAAUACAAGGUUCCCCACAGAUCCAGACCAAUUCCUCUGCACAUGACUCAUGUAGUAGAAGUUUGUAGAGUCUACCAAGAGUACACACCAACCCACUGGCAACAUUAAUCUGAGAAGACAUCACACCACCAUCUGUGGACACAGUGGCUUGCCAUCUCUGGGAAUUUGAAGAAAACCUCUCUUCCUCUCUCUAUCAGAUAAACUGUCCCAGGAGUUUCAGCAAUUCAAGAGGUUAUGUUCUAUUCCUCAUCUCUACAGACCCAUGCUAAUGACAGUAAGUGUUGGCUCAAGAGGGAGGAUAUGGAAGGUACACACCAUGGGAUACUCUGUGAGUUUAGCUGAGAGACCACAGAGAAGGCAUGAAGAAUUGGGAUGGGAGACCUACCUUGACCCUAGAGACAUGAAUUGUAAGGUAAACAAUCCCAAAUGGGGGUUCUUCCAGGAAAGCUGCUACUCCCAUCUCCAGUGGAUGGUUUCCCAGAUUCAGAAGAAUGAUUUCACAUGGGGCCCUGAGCAACACCAAGCUUUUGACAGAAUAAACUAGAAAUACUUGGAAAACACUCACAGACACUUGGGCCAAGAACGUGGCAUUUAGUGGGUAUAUUGUAUCAUGCACCAGCUGAGAAAACCACAUGGAUCCAAUGGACUGUGAGACUACACUGAGAGCAAUGGCCAGGGGGAACCUUCAAACAUUGGGAUGCACAUCAGCAAAGGCCACCUUGGUGAGUCAGCACUAUCCCAAGUCAGUACUUAUCCCAAGUGAGCUGCCUCUGCCCAAUCAAAACUUUUACUGUAGAAGAGAAUAAAGUUCCUGUAGUGCAUGUGAAAACUGUCCUGCAGAAGACAGUCUGAGUUGUUCCUACCUUGGACAAACUUUUCUGUGGGAUAGUUUUUGCUGAAGGACUUGGGCACGCUUGUUAAGACAGGAGGAUGGGCAAGUCUGGUUUGUGCCUUGAGUGGAUUUCAUUGAAUAGCCAGUGCAUUGUGUGAUGUUAAUUGCUGUGUAAUGGUGUGUAUUAGUACUUCUAAAACAGCUGCAUGCCCACGAUUGCACUGGGCACCUCAUGGUGCCUGUUUCCACCCCUCCAGCUUUGGGGGUCUGAACCCAGCUGCCCUUAACUGCCAUAUUAAGAAUGAACUUUGCUGUUCUGGACAAGCAGAGCAGUGAUGCAAUCAGAACUGGCUUCAACGUGCAACAAUCCAACACCAGACACCCUCUUUCCUGCGACUGUCAUAAGCCAAAAGUCAUGGACUGAAUGAAUCCAAAAGAUUUCUACGGGGAUUGUCUGUAGAUUAAGGAAAUGGUAUCUGUGUGUGCAUCUAUAAAAAGAUGGGAAGGUGCUGGUAUAUUGGGAAGUGUGGGAUCCUGCGUGACAGAAAUGGUAUGGAGUAAGCAGCUGAUACUUUUCUGGUUUCAUCUGGGAGUUAAUUUUCUUCCUAGUAGCUGGUACAGAGCUGGAUUUUUUUAAUUACUGUUACAGUAAUGUCAACAACACAGUAAUGUUUCAGUUGUUGCUCAGCAGUACUUAUCCCAAAUCCAAGACUUUUCAGUGUCUGAUGCUCUGCCAGUGAGAAGAUGCUCAAGCCAUGAGGGAACAGGGCCAGGACCCUGACCUGAACUGGGCAAAGGGAUAAAACAUGAUGCCCAGUAUUUAAACUGGGGGGAAGUUGGCUGGGAGGGGCCUUUGCUGCUGGGGAACAGGCUGGGCAUCAGUCAGCAAGUGGUGAUGAGCACUUGUGCUCUGCAUCACUUGUGCUUCUCAGGUUUUCUUUCUCUCUCUUUUUCUCGUAUUUUUACUUUGGUUCAAUUAUUUAAGUGCUUUAUCUCAACCCAGUAAUUUUGUUUCCAAUUCCCUUCCCUACAGUAGGGGGAGGGGAUGGGGAGUGAGCCAGAAGCUAUGGGAUGCUUAGGUGGGGUUAAACCACGACAUCAAGGGAUCUUUUGACCUCUGCUCUGUAAAUAUUGUUUCCAUGUCUUACAUGCUGACAAUAGAAACUGCCAAUAGUCAACCUAGCUGUGAUGGCAUUUCAAAAAAAAACAACCCCCAAAUAAACUUAAAGACAAAUUAACUUGUAUAUUCUA